GUUAUUUCCAGGAUUUGUUGAACAAGUCAGAAAAGGCCCUUUAUGAUGCUUUUCCAAGCAUGUACGGAGAAUUGUACACCCAAAACAUGAAGGUCUUCAAGGACUUGUACAGCGAGCUACGCCGCUAUUACCGGGGCUCCAACAUCAACUUGGAAGAGGCUCUCAAUGAGUUCUGGACACGCUUGCUGGAACGGCUCUUCAAGCUGAUGAAUCCCCAGUACCAUAUCACAGAUGAGUACCUGGACUGCAUGGUCAAACAUGCGGAGCAGCACAAACCCUUCGGGGAAGUUCCCAGGGACCUGAAGGUGAAGGCAACUCGAGCCUUCAUUGCAGCACGUUCCUACGCACAGGGCUUCCUUGUGGGCAGCGAUGUGGUCAAAAAGGUGUCUCAGGUAUCUCUCAGCCACGAGUGCACUCGCGCCAUCAUGAAGCUGAUGUACUGCCCACACUGCCGGGGCAUGUCCAGUGUGAAGCCGUGCAACAACUACUGCCUCAACGUCGUGAAGGGCUGCCUGGCCAACCAAGCGGACCUGAACACCGAGUGGAAGUACCUGAUGGAUUCCCUGGUCGUAGUGGCUGAUCGGAUCGAUGGACCGUACAACGUAGACGCUGUAAUAGGGACUAUUCACAUGAGGAUCGCUGAAGCUAUUUCUAACUUGCAAGAAAACAAAGAUUCCAUCACAGCCAAGGUUUUCCAAGGCUGUGGAAAUCCCAAAAUCAGCACAAAGGGCUCCAGCAGCGAGGACAAGAAGAGGCGGGGAAAGGUUGCGUUGGAAGCAAAAUCCUCUGCACAAGCACUGGAGAUGCUGGUUUUAGAUGCCAAAGGGAAUCUGACAGCUCUCAAGACUUACUGGAUCACCCUGCCUGGCAGCCUGUGCAGCAAAAAAGUAAUGGCCAGCUCAGCGGCGGACGACAAGUGUUGGAACGGGAUGACCAAGGGCAGUUACCUGCCCGAAGUGAUGGGGGAUGGCUUAGCUAAUCAGAUUAACAACCCAGAGGUGGAGGUGGACAUCACCAAGCCAGAUAUGACCAUUCGCCAGCAAAUCAUGCAGCUAAAGAUCAUGACAAACCGGCUGGGCAACGCUAACAUCGGGAACGAUGUGGAUUUCCAAGACGCAAGUGACGACAUGAGCGGCUCCGGGAGCGGCGAUAGCUGUCCUGACGAUGUGUGUGGCAAAAGACUUUCUAAGAGCCCCAGCACCAGGCAGCCAGAAACGCACGCUAUUCCUAAGCAGUCUGGACACGGCAUCAAUGGGGCCAGCAGCAGAUCUUUGCCUUCUGCCUUCCUCCUCCUCCUCCUUUCGGUGGCUUUCAUUGCCGCGCAACACUUGUGGCGGUAACUCCUCACUAGCACAGCCAGGAAAGAGACUGCGGCCGAGGGCUUCACUUUGCCAAAACCAACCAACCAACAAAAGGACGUAUUUAAUUCACCUUGGCAAAAAAGAAAAAAAAAGAAAAAAAAAAAAAGAAAGA